AUGUCGCCGUUAACUAAAGAAGAAAUUGAAAAACAUGAGAAUGCUACCGAGUGUUACUUGUGUGGAAACCCAUUUAAUCCUUUCAAUCGUAAGGUGAAAGAUCAUCACCAUCUCAAUUCAUUAUAUCUUGGACCAAGCCAUAACUCCUGUAAUAUAAAUAACAAACUCUCAAAUACAAUACCCGUGUUCUUUCACAACAUGAGUAAUUAUGAUUGUCAUCUUUUUAUUAAAGAGCUUUCAACAACUGGUGAAAAAGUUUCAGUAAUUGCACAGACGAAAGAAAAAUAUAUCGCAAUUUCUAAAAGAAUUCUGGUGGAAGAGUCGGAAAAUGGUCUAAAUAAAUACAUAACUGUGACAUUUGUUGAUUCAUACAGAUUUUUGGCAAAAUCUUUGGAUAUUCUGAGCACAACCUUAAAUUCGGAGCAGUGUACAGAAAUUAGAAAGUAUUUUCCAAAUACUAAACACUUUGAACUUGUGAGGCGUAAGGGUGUGUUUCCUUAUUCAUAUAUGGAUGGAUUUGAUAGACUUAAAGAAAAAACACUACCACCUAAAGAAAAUUUCUACAAUAAUCUAACUAACAAACACAUUUCUGAUGAAGAUUAUGCAAGAGCAAUUGAUGUAUGGAACACAUUUGAUUGUAAAUCUAUGAGUGACUAUGCCAUGGUGUACUUAGUAUCAGAUGUCUUAUUAUUGGCUGAUGUGUUUGAAAAUUUUAGAAAAAUAUGUUACAAAGAAUACAGUUUGGAUCCUUGUCACUACAUAACUGCUCCUGCAUUAAGUUGGGAUGCUAUGUUAAGAUACACCGAAAUUGAACUGGAGCUUCUUACAGAUGUGGACAUGGUACACUUUUUAAAGAAAGGAGUAAGAGGAGGUGUGGCACAAUGUAGCAAACGAGAAGCCGUGGCAAAUAAUCAAUAUGUGCCCAACUAUGAUCCACAACAACCCGAGUCUUACAUAAUGUAUCUAGAUGCCACAAAUUUAUAUGGUGCAGCCAUGUGUCAAUAUCUUCCAUAUGGAAAUUUUAAAUGGGUAACCGAUGUUGAAAAUUUCAACUGUUUUUCGGUGGAGGAUGAUGCGGAUAAAGGGUAUGUGUUGGAAGUGGAUUUGGAAUAUCCAGCUCAUUUACAUUCUUUACAUAAUGAUUUACCAUUCUGUCCCGAGAGCAUGGUACCUCCAGGAAGCAAAUAUCCUAAACUUAUCCCAAAUUUCAACAAUAAAACUAAAUACAUUAUCCAUUAUCGCAAUCUUAAGCAGUGUCUUAGGUAUGGUCUGGUACUAAAAAGGAUUCAUCGUAUACUAGAGUUUUCGCAAUCACCAUGGUUAAAAAAAUAUAUUGACCUAAACACAUCACUUAGAAACAAGGCCAAAAACGAGUUUGAACGGGAUCUUUUUAAGCUUCUAGUUAAUGCGAUAUUCGGUAAAACCCUAGAGAACGUUGAAAAAAGAAGAGAUAUCCGCCUGUGCACCCGCUGGGAAACAAAAACAAAUUCGUUGGGAGCCAGGGUACUUAUCUCUAAACCAGAAUUCAAGUCUUGUUCCGUGUUUAAUGAGAAUUUGGUGGCAAUACAUUUGGGUAAAACCAAAAUAGUUUAUGACAAGCCUCUCUAUGUUGGUUUCACAAUUUUAGAUUUAUCAAAAACAGUGAUAUAUGAUUUUUAUUAUGGACAUAUCAAAAAGAAAUAUGGUGAAGCCGCAAACUUGUUAUACACAGACACAGACUCCCUGAUUAUGGAGAUAUUUACCCCCAAUUUCUAUGAGGAUAUGAAGAGAAAUUUAGAACAUUUCGACACCUCCAACUAUCCAACUGAUAAUAUUCACAGGAUACCGAAAACACCAUCAAUACUAGGAAAAAUGAAAGAUGAAUUUGCAUCUGUACCCAUUAAAUGUUUCUAUGGUACAGGUGCUAAAGCUUAUUGUAUAGAAGCAAAUACAAUAAUAAAAAAAGCAAAAGGAAUUUCAAAACACGUAACCAAAACACAGUUGCAAAAGAGUGAUUAUGUACUAUUAGUGAAAAAAGGUGGUGUAAUCUUUAGAAAAAUGUAUGUAUUCGUGUCUAAUUUACAUACCAUAUAUACGGAACUUAGGAAUAAAGUGGCACUAUCUUCUAAGGAUGACAAACGCUGUGUAAUAAACGGUGACGUAAAAACUCUUGCGUGGGGGCAUUUUCUAAUUAGUCCACAUAAUGGUACUAUAGAUGAUCUUAUUAGGUAUGGGAAUGAGCUGCUACACACCCCGGAAUUGGUCGAUUUAGAAAAGAUUCCUCUUGAAGAAUUGUUUCAAGUCGAUUCUUUUCAAUAUGAUUCAUACUUGUAA